ACCCUAAAUUUCAUCAAAAUAUUGUGAUCCCCCAACCCCAAAUCGAUUUCUUCUUCUUCUUUUUCCCCUUUUUCCCGAUCUGUGCAGUGAAAAUUUUAAAAAGGAAAAAAGAAAAUCUUGGCAUUGCUGACCCUUCCCUCGCUCAUCCAUCGUCAAUUUGAUUCCUGAGCAUCAGUCAGAAAAUCCUUGUCGUUUACUGUGAAUGUGGUCCAGAUGUGAAGGUCCGAAUGGUUGCUCCCCCAAGAGGACUCGAGGAAAAUGAUUGUUUGCUCCGCUCAAUUGCACAUGGACUGACUUUGCCUUUCCCCUCGAUUUGUGCUCCUCCUCGUCGUGAAUUUCAUCCAAAAUAUUCUUUUCAAGAUUGCGUAUCAUGGCUGUUCAGCGGCGGCGCCACCAAUACCGUCGCCGGCUUAUCCCCGCCAUAGCCGCGGUUUCCGCUGCCAUUCUACUCCUAUUCGUUUUCAUCUCUUUCCUGGCGCCUUCGCCUGUCGAGAAUGAUCACAUCUUCCGCUCUAGGAUAAAUAGCGUCAUUGGUGAGGGAAAUGAAAAUGGAAGUGGAGGGAAUGGAGCUCUGGCAUUAAGUGGUUCUUCUUCGAACAGUAGAGGAGUAAAUCAACGCGAUCUAUGGAGGACGAAGAACGCAGGGCUUUACUACGGAUGCAGCAACGCCAGUGCUAAAUUUGCAAAAGCUUCUGCUAUAAUCCAACCUAAUCGAUAUUUGGCUAUUGCAACCAGCGGAGGCUUGAACCAGCAAAGAACUGGGAUUACUGAUGCUGUUGUUGCUGCUCGCAUUCUGAAUGCUACUCUCAUUGUCCCAAAAUUGGACCCAAAGUCAUUUUGGAAGGAUGCUAGCAAUUUUUCAGAGAUCUUCAAUGUUGAUUGGUUUAUAUCAUAUCUGAAAGAUGAUGUAAAAAUCAUAAAAGAGCUUCCUCGAAAAAGAGGCCAGAUAUGGAAUCCAUACACAAUGCGUGUGCCAAGAAAGUGCAAUGAGCAAUGCUAUGUUAGUCGUUUAACACCUGUCCUUGCAAAGAAGCAUGCUGUUCAGCUGACAAAAUUUGACUAUAGACUUUCAAAUAGAUUGAGCACGGAUCUGCAAAAGCUUAGGUGUAGAGUUAACUAUCAUGCCUUGAGAUUCACUAUGCCUAUCCUCGAAAUGGGUUCAAAAUUGGUCCACAGAAUGAGGGCUAGGAGCAAGCAUUAUAUUGCUCUCCACCUAAGGUAUGAACCCGAUAUGCUUGCAUUCUCGGGAUGUUAUUAUGGUGGAGGAGAGAAAGAGAGGACAGAAUUGUCUAAAAUACGGCGGAGAUGGAAGACUUUACAUAAACAUAAUCCAGAAAGGGAGAGGAGGCAAGGAAGAUGUCCACUUACACCUGAGGAAGUUGGUCUUCUGCUCAAAGCACUCGGGUAUGACCAACAGACUUACAUUUAUGUUGCAUCUGGGGAAGUAUACGGAGGAGAAUCAUCACUGGCUCCAUUAAAGGCCCUUUUUCCUAACUUCUAUUCAAAAGAUACCCUAGCAAAACCAGAGGAAUUGGCACCCUUUUCUGCAUUUUCUUCUCGUAUGGCUGCAUUGGACUUUAUAGUGUGCGAUGAAAGUGAUGUCUUUGUUACAAAUAACAACGGAAACAUGGCAAAAAUUUUAGCAGGACGAAGGAGAUAUUUUGGGCACAAACCCACAAUUCGCCCGAAUGCAAAGAAGUUAUACAAGCUGUUUCUGAACCGGGACAACAUGACUUGGGACGAAUUUGCCUCGAGUACACGAACAUUUCAGAGAGGCUUUAUGGGGGAGCCUAAGGAAGUGAGGCCUGGCCGGGGAGUUUUUCACGAAAACCCGGCUUCUUGCAUUUGUGAAGAUGCCAAGGCAAAAACAAAGUUAGAUUCAGUUCAAAAAGAAUCCCCGCCAGUUAAAAAAGACACCGAUGCAGCAGAUGAAGAUCAAAACACAAACAAUGAUGAACCCGACUUCUCUGAUCCUGAAGAUGAAGAUGAUCCCUUGAAUCUGCUUGGUAGCUCAUUCAAUGAAACAAGCUCAGAAUACGAUAAUCAGGAGCCGGAGCUGGAUGAACUGCUCUCAGAUUGAAUACAGUAUACUCACCUCAAUUCUUCCCAAGUUGUCAGCAGUCAGAAUCCGACGAUUCCCCAACCCAUUGAAAAACUGCUGCAACCAUCAUGCUGACAAAAGAUCCCCUAAUUUGUCUAACUCAACAGCAGAGUUAGUUCCUUCUGGGCAACUCCCGACCACCUGAAGGUAAAAUUCUUUCCUCAUUUUCUGCUCCGAGGCAUGCCGGAAACCAUACUUCCACCACAUUCCUUGACUUAGAAAAUAAGAGCUGCCAUUGAUGAAUGACCGGGCUUCUUCCUCCCGCCCGGACAGCUGAGAAACAUAUUGUUUUUUCUUGUUUUCGGACAUACAUAUAUAUAUGAUUAGGUAGUUUUAGAACUGUGUAUACUGUCGUUCUUUCACCUUGGUAUUUUUAGUUUGGAUAGUUUUGGCCAGCCUAAGAGUGCAAAAUAGGCACAGAAUUUUGCAGUCAUCCUUGAAGGGUUAAAGAUUGUGGUUUUGUUUGAGGCUGAUCAUGGGUUUGUAUCAUAUUUGACACACAAAAAGGUGCCCCUUGAGAGUUGUAUCAAUGGGUUUUUUGGCCUUCA